AUGUCAAUAUUGAAGAGUAACUAUCUGUCGAAUUUUAUUUAUAUUUAUCAUAUCUAUUGAUUUUUUUUUUUUAAUUUUUGUAUUUUGUCUAUCUACUUUCCCUUCUUUAAGCACUAUGGAAGACAAUUAUUCAUAUAACAUUAAUAUGCUUGAUCAGAGUGAUUUUGAAAAUGUGGAACAAAUGCAGUAUGAAAGCUUUGAAGGAGAAGAAGUUUAUCAGGCUGAUUCUGAAUUGGAACCUGAUAUAAAUCAAGAGGAUUGUUGGACGGUCAUAUCUUCAUUUUUUCAUGACAAAGGCCUUGUAAGACAACAACUUGAUUCAUUUGACGAGUUUGUACAAAAUACUAUGCAAGAAAUUGUUGAUGAAAAUAAGAAUCUUGUGUUGCAAACAGUUGCGGGAAACCAGGGAGGGGAAGGUGAUAAGGCAAAACGAUAUUAUAUCCGAUUUGGACAAGUAUACUUAUCAAAACCUACAAUGACUGAAGCUGAUGGUAGUGUUCAAGCGAUGUUUCCGCAAGAAGCACGCCUUAGGAAUUUAACAUAUGCUGCUCCUCUUUAUGUUAACAUGAAAGAAGAGACAAUGAUAGCAGAUCCUAGAGCGCCGGAAAACAGAGGAAAAGCAACAUUAAAUGAAAUGUUUGAUGAAGAUGAUUUAAAAUAUGACCCUGAAGAAUCAUCAUAUGAUAAAGUGUUUGUAGGAAAGAUUCCAGUUAUGUUAAAAUCAACAUUUUGUGUGUUACAUGGUUUAGAUGACAAGAGUCUUUAUGCUUUGAAUGAAUGUCCUUAUGAUCAGGGUGGUUACUUUAUUAUAAAUGGUUCUGAAAAAGUGUUGAUUGCACAAGAAAGAAUGGCAUCAAACACUGUUUAUGUUUUUGCAAAAUCACCGCCUUCACCUUAUUCAUUCACAGCUGAAAUUAAAAGUGCUAUAGAAAAGGGAUCCAAAUUAAUAAGUUCAUUAAUGAUUAAGCUUUUAGCAAAAACGGCUGAGAAAGGUGCUACUGGACAAUCUAUACAAGCAACUAUGCCUUAUAUUAAAAAAGAUGUACCUGUAGUUAUUGCUUUUCGAGCACUUGGCGCUGUUUCCGAUCAAGAUUUUCUGCAAUAUGUUUGUUAUGAUCAUAGUGAUACUCAAAUGUUAGAAGCACUAAAACCAUGUAUAGAAGAAGCAUUUGCGGUCCAAAGUAUGGAGGUGGCGGCUGAUUGGAUAGGCCGUAGAGGUACUGCAACAGGAGCAACGAGAGACAAACGUAUAAAAUAUGCAAAAGAUAUUCUUCAAAAAGAAUUGUUACCACACGUUUCAACCGAGUAUGGUUGUGAAAAAAGAAAAGCAUUCUUCCUUGGUUAUAUGGUUCAUAGACUUUUAUUAGCUGCUCUUGGACGUCGUGAACUAGAUGAUCGAGAUCAUUAUGGGAAAAAAAGAAUGGAUUUAGCAGGUCCACUUUUAGCUUCAUUGUUUCGUAUGUUAUUCAAAAAGCUUACAAAGGAUGUAUCAGCAUACCUAAGAAAGUGUAUUGACGGUAAUCGUGAAUUCAAUUUGAAUUUAGCGAUUAAAGCACAAACAAUUACAAAUGGUCUAAAAUAUUCACUUGCAACGGGAAAUUGGGGAGACCAAAAAAAGGCUAUGCAGUCACGAGCUGGUGUAUCUCAAGUGUUGAAUCGAUACACAUUUGCAUCCACUUUAUCUCAUUUGAGGAGAUGUAAUACUCCAAUGGGAAGAGAUGGAAAAAUUGCAAAACCUCGUCAAUUACAUAAUACUCACUGGGGUAUGGUAUGUCCUUCUGAAACUCCUGAAGGGCAAGCUUGCGGUCUCGUAAAGAAUUUAUCUUUAAUGUCGUACAUUUCCGUUGGAAGCGCAUCAAAACCAAUUAUUGAUUUUUUGGAAGAAUAUGGAAUGAUUAAUUUGAAUCAACAAUUUGAUCCUGCAAAUAUCAGAGACAAUGCAAAAGUUUUUGUCAAUGGUAAAUGGGUAGGAAUAUCAUCUUCACCCGAACAAUUGUCAUAUACUCUUAAAGGUUUACGAAGAACUGUUGACGUAAGCCCUGAAGUUAGUGUCGUUAGAGAUAUUCGAGAGAAAGAGUUAAGAAUAUAUACCGAUGCUGGAAGAGUGUGCCGACCCUUAUUUAUUGUUGAAAGUGCGCGCUUAAAAAUAACAAAAGGACUUAUUCAAAAACUGGAUGUAUAUAAAAUGAAAAAUCGUCAAGCUGGACAAGUCGAAGAAUCAGAUGACGAUUUGUUUGAUGAUGAUGAAAAUAUAGAUGAUGACAUGGAAGAGGAGGAUAUUGAUAAUCCAGAGCAGUCAUCCAGGAGAAGACGAAAAAAGAAAAAGUCAUCAUUUGGGUGGCAAGAAUUAAUUUCAAAUAGUGUUGUAGAAUAUAUUGAUGCUGAAGAAGAAGAAACUGUUAUGAUUUGUAUGACACCAGAAGAUUUAGCGUCAUCAAGGGUUUUCCAUGAAACUGGUGAAGUAAAGCAAGAAAAAGCACAUGAAAGAGAUAUAGCAGCACGCGUAAAAACUGAUACAAAUUUAAAAAUAUAUACUUGGACUCAUUGUGAAAUUCAUCCUAGUAUGAUUUUGGGGAUUUGUGCCAGUAUUAUUCCUUUCCCUGAUCAUAAUCAAUCCCCUCGUAAUACGUAUCAAUCAGCUAUGGGUAAACAAGCUAUGGGUAUUUAUGUAACAAACUAUCAAUUAAGGAUGGACACUUUAGCAAACAUUUUGUAUUAUCCACAAAAACCUGUAGUAACAACAAGAGCAAUGGAAUUUUUAAGAUUUCGUGAAUUACCAGCAGGUCAAAAUGCUAUUGUUGCCAUUCUUUGUUAUAGUGGUUACAAUCAAGAAGAUUCUGUUAUUAUGAAUCAAAGUAGUAUUGAUAGAGGUUUAUUUAGGAGUAUUUUUUACAGAAGUUAUAUGGAUCAAGAAAAGAAAGUGGGAAUGCUGACUAUUGAAGAAUUUGAAAAGCCGACAAAAGAAACUACUCUCCGUCUUAAACAUGGGACAUAUGAAAAAUUGGAAGAUGAUGGAUUAAUUGCCCCCGGGACAAGAGUAUCUGGUGACGACAUAAUUAUUGGAAAAGUAACUCCGAUUUCGAACGAGACUUUAGAACUUGGCCAAAGACAGACUACACAUGUUCAAAGAGAUGCUUCUACACCAAUGAGAAGUACAGAAACUGGUAUUGUUGAUCAAGUAAUGGUGACAACAAAUGCUGAAGGAAUGAAAUUUGUUAAAGUGAGAGUCAGAAGUACAAGAGUACCGCAGAUGGGAGACAAGUUUGCUAGUAGGCAUGGACAAAAAGGAACAAUUGGUAUUACAUAUCGUCAAGAAGAUAUGCCUUUUACAGCCGAAGGGAUUGCACCGGACCUUGUCAUUAAUCCUCAUGCUAUUCCAAGUCGUAUGACGAUUGGUCAUUUGGUUGAAUGUUUGUUAGGAAAGGUUUCCACCUUAACAGGACAGGAAGGGGAUGCAACUCCCUUUACGGAUGUGACAGUCGAAGCUAUUUCUCAAAGCUUAAGACUACAGGGAUAUCAAUCAAGAGGUUUUGAAGUAAUGUAUAAUGGACAUACAGGACGUAAAUUAGCUGCACAAGUAUUUUUAGGACCAACUUAUUAUCAACGGCUAAAACAUAUGGUGGAUGACAAGAUUCACUCGCGUGCAAGAGGCCCUGUACAAAUUUUAACACGUCAACCUGUUGAAGGUCGUAGUCGUGAUGGUGGAUUACGUUUUGGUGAAAUGGAACGUGACUGUAUGAUUUCUCAUGGAACUGCCAUGUUCUUAAAGGAACGUUUGUUUGAUGCAUCAGAUGCUUAUCGUGUCCAUGUAUGUGAUAUAUGUGGAUUAAUGGCCAUUGCAAAUCUUAAGAAAAAUACUUUUGAAUGUAAAGCUUGUAAAAAUACUACACAGAUAUCACAAAUUCAUAUACCAUAUGCAUGUAAAUUAUUAUUCCAAGAAUUAAUGGCAAUGAAUAUUUCACCACGUUUAUUCACAUAACUCAUCAAAUAUAAAUGAAAGAGACCCUGAUUUUAUUUUUUAUUUAAAGCAAAUAUAGAAUGAAACUAUAGAAAAACUAUU